CCCUCCCUCCUCUCUUCUCUACUCUUCCAUUCCAACGCCAGCCACGCCUUUCUUCCCUUCCCUCUCGCUUCCCCUCCCCCGACCAAGAAGAGGUCGGGAAGGGAAGGGAGCCGCGCCGCGCCGCGCCUCGCCACAGCCACGCACAGGCCACCCAUAUGCAGCCGAGCGGCCGCGAAAUGCAGGGCGGCGGUGGGCAGGACGACUUCUUCGACCAGAUGCUGUCCACGCUGCCGGCCGCGUGGUCCGACCUCGGCUCCGGCAAGUCGCCGUGGGAGCUCCCCGCGGGGGCGGGGGCCGUCCCCGAGGACGCCGCCGCGUACGACGAGGCCGCGCUCCUCGCCUCGCGCCUCCGCCACCACCAGAUCGGCGGCGGCGGCGCCGGCGCCGGGGAGAAGCCCCUCAUGCUCCACCUCAGCGACCUGCACGGCCUCGGCGGGGGAGGGGCCGGCGACGACGCCGGGUUCAUGCCGCUGCCGCUCUUCACCGACCGCGCCAGGGACGACAUGGACGCCGCCUUCAAGUCCCCCAAUGCCACCGGAGCUGACCAGGCGCUGUACAACGGGUUCGGAGCCGCUGGGAUGCAUGCCGCCGUGCAUCAGCCGCCGUUCGGGCAGGGCGGGUCAAUGCCGGCGGCGCAGAGCUUCGGGGGAGGCGCGGCGGCCGCGGGUGGUGCGCCGGCGCCGGCCGCCGGAGCGGCGUCGGCCGGAGGAGGUGCCGCGCCGCCGCGGCAGCAGCGCCAGCGGGCCAAGAGGGGGCAAGCCACUGAUCCUCACAGCAUCGCCGAACGUCUCCGGAGGGAGAGGAUAGCGGAGAGGAUGAAGGCGUUGCAGGAGCUGGUCCCUAACGCCAACAAGACCGACAAGGCAUCGAUGCUUGACGAGAUCAUUGAUUAUGUGAAGUUCCUCCAGCUUCAAGUCAAGGUUCUUAGCAUGAGCCGAUUAGGCGGAGCUACAGCCGUCGGCCCUCUAGUUGCUAGCAUGGCAUCAGAGGGCAAUGGGAACGGAAAUGGCACAAGCGACAGCGGAAAUGGCAAUGCCGCCAACGGUGAGAAUGGUGGUGGCAGCCUGCAGGUGACGGAGCAACAGGUGGCCAGGUUGAUGGAGGAGGACAUGGGCACCGCCAUGCAGUACCUGCAGGGCAAGGGGCUCUGCCUGAUGCCGAUCUCUCUCGCCUCAGCCAUCUCCUCCGCCACAUCGUCGUCCCUCCUAUCUCGCCCCUCCAUGGGUGCAAUGGGAGGCGCUAGGGGUCCCCUGCACGACGGCGGUAGCCCUGCGUCGCCGCCACUGGUGAACGGUGGUGAUGAUUCCAGGACCAUCAAGGAUGGCGGUAAGCAGUGAAGGCAGUGUUCUUGUCUUGAGAGGUUGUGUGUUCAGAAGGGAGGUCUUGUUGUAGGGUUGGAAUUGUCAAGUGGCCCAGCAGGGCUUUUCCCCUCCACCUUUCCUGCCCCCCUUUUGUUUGUUUAUAAGAAAUGAUGUUUAAUCAUGCAACCUUUAGCUCCAUCUUUUCAUGUUCUUGUAAAAUAGCUUUCCUGGCCUCUUUACCUCU